UUAUAUUUACAUUUUUCAUCAUUUGCGUUCGUGUAUUUUUCGGGAUGUAGUUUUUUAUUAAAAAUCUAAUUUUUGGAUGUUUUUUAAUAUGCCCAACUUAUAUUUCUAGUCAUCAUAACGAAAUUUAAAUACUCGCAUUCACUUAAAACUAAUAAUAUAUUCAAAAAACAUGGACGUUCCGGAAUUACACGCGCCAGUAGACUUAAACAAGUCCUUAGACGAAAUGACACCCGAAGAAAGAAUGAGAGCUGAACAUCAGCUGAUGCACGAGAAGCACAAAGGUCAUGAAUCAAUGCACUCCGAGAUGGUUAUUAUCCUCUUGGUCACUCUGUUUAUAACUCAGAUAAUUCUAGUUGAAUGGAAGAAGAGACAUUACAGAUCUUAUUCGCUCAUCACACUGCUCGCUAUGUGGGUAAUUCCCCUACUCAUAUCGUUCUUUUAUAGUUGGCAUCGAUUUAUAAUCAUUUGGUUGAUAUUCUCGUCACUGACAGCUUUUGUGAUGAGAAGAGCUGUUAGCAAGCCUAUUGAAGGCACUACGCCAAGGCUUGUCUACAAAUGGUUCUAUUUUAUUUACAAGCUCAGCUAUGGCUUGGGCAUUCUAGGCUAUUUGAUUAUGAUGGCCACCUUUUUGGGCUUUAAUUUUAUAUUUAGUCAACCGCCUAAUGUAUGGAUGGAUGUAGGUCUGCUUUGUGUAUUUUACGGACUCUACAUCGGUGUUUUAGGUCGUGAUAUAUCAGAAAUUUGUUCUGAUAAAAUGGCUUGCCAUAUUGGUUAUUAUACUCCGCUAGGAAUGCCAACACGACAUCUCGAAGAAAAUGUGUGUGCUGUAUGUGGCAAUCAUUUGUUUGUUAGUGAAAAAGAAGAAGGUAUCAUUGAAAAUACGUACAAACUCUCGUGCAAUCAUGUUUUCCAUGAGUUUUGUAUUCGAGGAUGGUGUAUUGUUGGAAAGAAACAAACUUGUCCAUAUUGCAAAGAGAAGGUUGACCUCAAGAAAAUGUUUUGUAAUCCAUGGGAACGUCCUCAUGUACUUUAUGGACGUCUUUUGGACUGGAUCCGGUGGCUGGUUGCAUGGCAACCUUUAAUUUUCUUCAUUGUGCAGGGUAUAAACUGGGCUCUAGGUUUAGAGUAAAAACUAAACAAACGAAAUCUAUUUUCCUUUUUGUGACGCACUGCACCCUAAGAUAUAAUUGUAUUUUAAGUUAUCACUUGGUAUUAUAUCGUAAUUUAAAAAACAAAACAAAAAAAAAAAUAUUUUCCUACAAUUCCUUAUAAUUAUAAUACACAAUUUUUAAGUAAAAUAAUUGUAAAUAAAGACAAAGUUUAGCAAAGUGUGUGAAAAAAACUCGGGUUUGUUAUUGACAAGGAAAGAACAAAAUAUGUAGAGCUUAAAAUAAAGUCCUCAGCUAUAAUUAUGAACGGAAAGAUAAGAUAAAAGACAAGUCCUUUGUUUAUUUUAGAAUAUAUUUUUUAAUUCCUUAAUUUGUGUAAAAUGUAAAAUUGUGGCUUCUUUAUCUCGAAAGAUGUGGCUGCUUCUUCUUUUGAAUUAAACUAAUAAAUGAAUGUGUGACACAAAAUUGCAUUGUA